AUGGCUGUUAUGGGCAGCAUGAAGAGAUGGGCGGCGGAGAGUUCAGUGGCGGUGGUUGCGGGGAUGUUGACGGUUCAAGUGUUGGCGACGGGGCUGCAACUCUUGUCGAGGCUCAUUCUCAAUGAAGGCACCUUCGUCUUCGCCCUCAUGACCUACCGCCAUGUCGUCGCGGCUCUCUGCGUUUCCCCCUUGGCUUUCUUCUCCGAAAGAGGGAAGCUGAAGAAGUUGAGCUGGUUUGCAGGAUUCUGGUUCUUCAUCAACGCAUUAACCGGGAUACUAAUGGCUAUGGGAUUCUUUUACUAUGGCUUGGGGGAUACCUCCGCUGCCUAUGCUACAAACUUUCUCACCCUCAUUCCUGUUCUUACUUUCCUUUUCUCCACCAUUCUCCGAAUGGAGAAACUGCGGCUGGGGACCAGGGCUGGUAAGGUGAAGACCAUGGGGGCGAUCCUGUGCCUCGCGGGUGCACUAAUUAUCAGCCUUUACAAGGGUAAAUCACUCUACAUCACCCAUCAUCACAUGGAUCACCAUUCUGGGAUCAUCCCCAAAGUCAAACCCAAUAAGACACGUGGCACCCUGUUCUUGGUGUGUAGUUGCCUGUCUUUCGGGACUUGGUUCAUUGUUCAGGUGAAGACAUUUGAAGCAUUCCCAUAUAAGUUCUGGGCGACAACGGUAACAUUUGUGAUCGCAUCAGUACAGUCAGCUGUGGCAGGCUCGUGCCUCAACCAAAGCAAGUCUUCUUGGACAUUAGGAUGGAACUUGCAACUCAUUACAAUCUUUUAUUCGGGCGUGGUCUCAGCUGCAACGUUUUGCUUAAUCUCAUGGGCUGUGACGAGGCGAGGCCCAACCUAUCCCUCCAUGUUCAACCCACUGGCAUUAAUUUUUGUCACCAUCGCCGAAGCUCUCUUCCUUGGUGAAGCCAUCACUGUUGGGAGCUUGGUGGGGAUGCUAUUGAUCAUCGUGGGCUUGUACUCGUUCUUGUGGGGGAAGAACAAGGAGGUCAAGGCCAUGGCUAAUCUGCCGAUCAAGGCGGCCGUAGCCGAAGCAUCGACCGUGGAUGCUUCGGCGCCGCUGCCCAGUGCUUCUCCAAAUAAUGACACCCGCAAUCAGGUUUAA